AUGGGGGAUCCAAACGCGCACCACUUAAAUCACCACCAUCAUUUAAUCCAGCACCAAAGGGUACUACCACAACACCAACUUGUAGGUGGUCCGGGUGCUCAACAUCUUAUAACGGAUCCCCAAGCACAAGUUACCCUGGCAGCAGCUCCUCAACCUAUGCAUCCACAACACCAAUUUCAACCGCAACAUUAUAACGUUCUUGAUAGCUUUUGGCAACAACAAGUACAUGAAAUACGACACGGUGUACACGAUUUUAAGGUUCACCAGUUGCCUCUCGCCAGGAUCAAGAAGGUCAUGAAAACCGAUGAGGAGGUUAAGGUAGAGAAUCAUUCUCGUCCGCAGUAUGCGACUGUUUCUGCCGAAGUAACUCCCGGUCCUUCGGCUAGACCAGUCACUGCAGAGCAAGUAUACCAACACCAUUAUUAUAAUCAGCAUGUGCAACAACAUUCUUCCGAAUCCCAUCAGCACAAUCUCCAGACACAACAUUUGGAUCAUGUGCAACAACGCCAACCUGAUCACCAUCCUGUACAGAUUAAAUACGAAAGCGAAUCCCCAAUUUUAAGACCCGUUGAUUGGUACUCGCAUUCGCAACAAAGUUAUGUGCAGAGUAACCCACAUGUUGGUGGCCACGCUUACAGUCAACCAAUUAGCGGACAACCGCCCCAUGAGUACCAUCAUGAAAGUAGUGGAAUGAAUCUAACGCGUCACAGUGAGGGAUAUGGUCGGGGCGGUGGUCAACAAC